CCAGGAUCGGAAAUCGAGCCGGGGGCGGGGGGGGCGUGCGGUGAGCGGCGCUCGGCUCGGUACAUGAGGCAAGAUAGGUGAGAAUUAUAAUCAUUAUCAUGGCGCUGGAGGAAGAAGGAAACGUUACUGUAGUUGUCCGAAUACGGCCGCAGAAUCAACGAGAACAGGAGAAUGAUAACCAUGCAGUUGUGGAAGUGGUAGAUGAAAACGUUCUGGUCUUUGACCCAAAGGAAGACACAAACGAUGAUGUGUUUUCUGGAGCUAAGUUCAGAGACCGAGAGAUGCCCCGUCGGAAAAGCAAGGAUCUGAAGUUUGUGUUUGAUAGAGUUUUUAAUGAAACCUCUACACAGCAAGAGGUGUUUGAGUUCACAACGAAACCUAUUUUGGAAGGUGUUUUGAAUGGAUACAAUUGCUCAGUCUUUGCUUAUGGUGCAACAGGAUCUGGGAAGACCCAUACAAUGUUGGGCAGUGCUGAUCAGCCUGGCGUGAUGUAUCACACUAUGAUGCAGCUGUAUGAGAGAAUCGAAGAGAUGAAGGAUGAGAAAAUUUGUGAAGUUGCUGUCUCAUAUUUGGAGGUGUACAAUGAACAGAUUCAAGACCUGCUUGAACCUAAAGGCUCACUGGCUGUAAGAGAGGAUCCUCAGAAAGGAACAGUUGUCCAGAGACUAAGCUUUCAUCAGCCCAAAUCUGCCAAAGAGCUUUUAGAGAUGUUGGCAAAUGGAAACCUGAACAGGACACAACAUCCAACUGACGCAAACGCCACAUCCUCACGAUCCCAUGCUGUCUUUCAGGUCUAUGUGAAGCAACAAGAUCGUAUUGCCAGCAUCAGCAAGAAUUUGCGGAUUGCUAAGAUGUGCUUGAUUGACUUGGCUGGAUCAGAGCGUGCCAAUGCAACAAAGGCCCAAGGAGCACGGUUUAGGGAGGGGGCAAACAUAAACCGCUCACUGCUUGCAUUAGGAAACGUAAUUAAUUCACUGGCAGACAACAAGGCUAAAAAGUCUCAUAUCCCUUACCGGGAUAGCAAGCUGACCCGACUCCUUAAGGACUCAUUAGGGGGAAACUGCCGUACAGUGAUGAUUGCUACUGUCAGCCCUUCAGCCAUCAGUUAUGAAGAUACAUAUAAUACUUUAAAGUAUGCAAACCGUGCUAAAGAUAUCAAAUCCUCUCUGAAGAGUAAUGUUGUGAGCCUGGACUGUCAUAUAAGUAAAUAUGCAGCCAUAUGUGAGGAACUCCGGAAAGAGGUCACACAACUGAAAGACAAGCUGAAGGCCUACGAGGAAGCAAAGUGUACCAUCUCCAAAAUUGAUUGUAGUCCAACCCUGACAAAGCCAUCCAGUCAGCAGCAGCGCUUAGUGAAGUCUUUGCAGGAUGUUUUUGCUGACUGCCAAAUGAUUCAAAAGAGCUAUUUUGACUUGGAAGCGAAUGCUAAGGAAAUGGAGCUGAAAACAUUCUUUCGAUUACGGGACCAAGAGCGGAUUAAAAUACUGUGUUCAGAACAGCGAUUAGAACAGGCCUCCUGUAAAUUUGAGCGUAGCCAGGCAUCCUCCAAUCGGCGGCGUGACCACCUGCUGGAACAGAUGCAACAAGUUGAAGAAAAGCUUAAAGAGAAUGGGAAUCUCCUGUCUGAACUGGGGACUAAAAUAAUUUCAGAUGGCAAAAGUCAAUCACUGGAUCAGGUCUUGAAAUUGAGUUUGCAAAAACUUCUACUAGAGACUGAAAUGAGCAGCUACAAGCAACACAACAAUUACAUGACCCACCUGAUGAUGCUUCAGGAACGAGACCGUCGACAGUCAGAAAAGUUACUGACCACCCUGCUGCAGAUUGUACGUAAGCAGUUUUCCACACUGAAAGAAGUUAACCUUGCAACUACAGAGGCAGUAACACAGUUUGAUGAGCUAGAGCGCCUUGUACGUGGAGAGAAAGCUGUCCUAUGGGCUGAUCAAAUAAAUGCAGAUGAAUGUAAAGAAAAUCAGCCAUCGGAAAUAACAGCUCUUGCUACGCUUUCUAAACUAAAUUUUGUACCUGAAAACCUCUUUGAAUUUACUGCUCCACCUGAAAAAGAAGAUGCAACUACACAAUCAACUGAACAGAUUCUGUUAAAGGCUGGCAUACGGAAACGACCACCUACAAAACGGUGCCUAACAGAGCUCAGGUCACCAUCCAAACAAUCCCACAAGGCACGAUCACCAUUAAAGAGAAGGCGAACGAAAGAUGAGAUUUCUUCAUGUAACUCAGGCAUUGAAGGAUUACAAAGAAAACGCAAAAGGACUAGAACUGACCCAUUGACCAUUGUGCCAAAAAUGUGCACAAAGGAGACCCAACCAUUUUCAAAUCGGAGCAAUACCUUUGGCAACGAAGGAACUAACUUGGUGACCUCAGCUCAACAACGCAUAAAAAGAAACUGCCCACUAACUGUCACCAAGGAGCGAAUUGUUCCAACCAUCAUCACUCCCAAUGGCCGUAAUUUCCCCAUGGCCACCUGUGUUUCCAUGGCAGCCAAGAAUCCAAAUUUGAAUGAAACCUUCGAAACCACAGAUGCAGGUGAUCACGCUUGCUUAGAUUCAACCAUAACCAUUGGUCCUUCAACAGCUCAGAGACCAGAAGUCACUGUGAGCCAUGACACCUUUCCGCAGACCAAUAAUUCAUUUCUACAGAGGUUGGUGCUGCCACACUUAGCAUCUCUGAGUCAGCCCGGAGCGCUGUUCAGAGGCAGAAAUCCACCAGUGUCUGCCACUAGGCCAACAAUGCAACGGAAGAGAAGGUCUUUAAGUGGCAUCUCAUCCCACAUCAAUGGCCAGAAUAAAUCUAGGAGGUCACAAGUCUGCAAAAAUCGACCAUUGUCAGCACGAUACAGCAGCCCAAGGUUACGUCCGGUGGGCAAGAAAAGUACGAUCAGCAGUGAGUUCCCAACAUUCCCAGUCAGCCAGGACUUCAAAUUCCUGCCGCAAUCCAAUUCGAAGAAUUCAAAUAAAGCAUUUGCUUUCUGACCAGUAUCUCCUCUGAAGGCAUGAUACAGUAAUUAAUUGUGUUUGCUUGUUCUUGUCUAGAUUCUGCAUAAGUUAUCAUCUUACAGUAUUUUGAAUAGUGUUAAUUCUUUUAACUUUUUUCAACCUUGUUAAGUCUUGCAUUGAUGCCUUUUUCCCCAUCAUAAUUCACCACUUUUCUCCAAGAGGGUAUGGAGCUCUAGAUCAUGGAUAUCUCUGUGGUCAUUCUCUGCCUCGCUCUGUAGAUGGCCAGCAGGAAAUUUGAUUGUGAACUGUGUUUUAUCAUGUACCCUGAUGGAGUUGUGUGCUGUGCUCCAGUUUCAUCUUAUGGUCUUGCUGAAUUCUGGUGAAAUUUUCCCAAUGAGCAAGGUAGCCUUAUCGCAAAGCUGUACAUGGCUUUUGAAAGAUUGUACAGUUGCUUUUUAAUCUUUGUUACCCAUUAUUAUAUCACUCAGCUUUGCUGUAAAUCUGCUUUCUUAUUACUUUACAAAAUAGAAUGCUAUUUUAUAGGGAGAACUGAUUUUAUCUACUUGAUAUUGGAUGUGCUAAAGCCAUUUAAACUGCAGGCAUAUUUGGGAAUUUGCAAAAUGGAUGAGAAAUAAGUCCUAUUAAAACAUGACAAAGGGAUUAUUUAGAUGAAAAUUAAUUGGACAACAAGCUCCUUACUCCUUAUCCUUUAACAUACAGAAUGACUUCCAAGAGUAGCUGUCAGAUCCAGAUCAUAAGGUGCAAAGAAGUGUUGCACUUCCCAAAUCUUACUCAGAUAUCCAGCUGGGUUCACAGCUUCAGCUACCUCUGCAAUGUCCUGCGACUCUGUUCCCCAGAGUGUGUUGCAGUCAAUGGCAUUCUGUAAAACAAAUCUCUGCUGAUCUUGGUAGUUUUUCUUUUCUCUGUUUAGCAUUUUCUGGUAGCAUAUGUUGCACAGGGGUGAUGUUUUACAGUACGAUACACCUUUGACAGAGCAGAGAUAAGUUUGUGAUGGCAUGGUUUCUGCUUUUUGAUCUGUGGCAUAGGAUUCAGUUCCACUGCCUUUGUUGAGAUAUAUUGAUCUUAUCCAAUGUUGGUUACCUUCUUGUGUGGCAGUUUUCAGAGUGAGGAAUGCAGCAUUGUAUAGCAUGAGGAAGGGCAGUAUUCUUUCUAUUUGAAUGAAGCCACAACUUUUUUUUUACAUGAAACAGAAAAUGCUAGAAAUACUCAGCAAGUUUUGGCAGCUGCAUCUUUGGAGAGAA